CCCAUGUGAACGAUGCUGAAGAAAACCAGCCUGGCUCUGUGGGGGGCCGCGCUCUUCCUCGCCUGGAACGGGCUCCUGCUCCUCUUCCUCUGGAGCCGCCCGGGCUCGGCGCCCGACUCCUCCAUGGCCCGCGACGCGCCGGGCUCGGCGCUGCUGCCGGCGCAGCUGCUGCAGCUGGCGCAGGACGCCGAGGCCGAGCUGCGGCGCCAGCGGGAGCUGCUGCUGCAGAUCCAACGUUUGGGCCGAAUGCGACGCCCGGCGACGUCACCGCCACCGCAGCAACCGCCGCAACCGCUGCAACCGCAGCGUCGCGGCGACGAGCCCGCCGUCAUCCCCGUGCUGGUGCUGGCGUGCGACCGCAGCUCGGUGCGGCGCUGCCUCGAUAAAAUCCUGCGCUACCGCCCCAGCGCCCGCCGCUUCCCCGUCAUCGUGUCGCAGGACUGCGGCCACGCCGAGACGGCCGCGGUCAUCGCGUCGUACGGCGGCGCCGUGGCUCACAUCCGCCAGCCCGACCUGAGCGACGUGGCCGUGCCGCCGGAGCACCGUAAAUUCCAGGGUUAUUACAAAAUCUCCCGCCAUUACCGCUGGGCCCUGGGCCAGGUGUUCCGCACCUUCCGCUACCGCGCCGCCAUCGUGGUGGAGGACGACUUGGAGGUGGCGCCGGAUUUUUUCGAGUAUUUCCAGGCCGUGCUGCCGCUGCUGCGCAGCGAUCCCAGCCUGUGGUGCGCCUCGGCGUGGAACGACAACGGCAAGGAGGCCCUGGUGGACGCCGGGCGCGCCGAGCUCCUGUACCGCACCGAUUUCUUCCCCGGCUUGGGUUGGUUGCUGUUGGCGGAGCUGUGGGACGAGCUGGAGCCCAAAUGGCCGCCGGCGUUUUGGGACGAUUGGAUGAGGCAGCCGGAGCAGCGGCGCGGGCGCUCCUGCGUGCGGCCCGAGGUGUCGAGGACCGUGACCUUCGGCCGCAAGGGCGUGAGCCACGGGCAGUUCUUCGACCAAUACCUGAAGUUCAUCAAACUCAACGACCGCUUCGUGCCUUUCACCCAGCUGGACCUGUCCUACCUGCACAAGGACGAGUACGAGAGGUUUUUCCUGCAGCAGGUUUACUCCGCUCCCGAAAUCAAACUGGACGAGCUCCAAAAAAGCUCCGGGAGGGAUUUGGGGCCCGUCAGGCUCCAAUAUCGGGGCAGGGAUUCCUUCAAGGCUUUGGCCAAAGCGUUGGGGUUGAUGGACGACCUCAAAUCCGGCGUCCCCCGCGCCGGUUACCGCGGCAUCGUCAGCUUCGUGUGCCGGGGCCGCCGCGUCUUCCUGGCCCCUCCCUCGGACUGGACGGGUUACGACCCUUCCUGGAGCUGAGAUCUGGAUUUUUUUGGGGGGAGGGAGAUUUCCUCUU